AUGUCGAGGUGGCACAGGGUACUGCGUGGGUACAAAGCGCUGGCUUUAAUUUCCAAAAACCAAUGUAGUUUGGGAGUUAAAACAUGCAGGAGUUUCAGUACAGGCAACCACGCACGCAAAGAUUUCUUCCAGGAUCUAGAAGGUCAUAUUAAAGAAUUUAAAGAAAAAGCAGCUGCUGCAAUGCCUGGCAGUGACUGGAGUCCAUUCGAGCUGACCCGUGGUCUUCCUCCAGAGCGAGCAGACAUCGUUAUCAUCGGAGGGGGAGUGAUCGGCUGGUCCAUUGCUUACUGGCUUAAGAAUAAAAACAGAGCACGGGAUGGAGUAAGAGUGGUGGUGGUGGAGAAAGAUCCCACUUACUCACAGGCUUCUACAGUGCUUUCUGCUGGAGGAAUUCGGCAGCAGUUCUCACUGAAGGAAAACAUCCAGCUCUCACUGGCCUCUGCAGACUUCAUGAAGAAUAUUAAUGAACAUCUUGGAGUGCUGAAUGAGGAUCCUGUAGAUUUGCAGUUUAAUCAUUCAGGUUAUUUGUUCCUGGCAAGUGAAUCAGUGGCACACAUCAUGGAGGAGAACUACGUUACUCAGAGAGAUACUGGAGCGAAGGUCAUGUUGCUGUCACCCACACAGCUGAAGGAGAGAUUUCCAUGGGUCAACACUGAUGGAAUUGUGCUGGCCUCCUACGGAUUUGAGAAUGAAGGCUGGUUCGACCCUUGGUCCCUCCUGAACGCGUUCAGACGGAAGGCCAUGUCAAUGGGAGUGUACCAGUGCUUUGGAGAAGUUACAGGAGUUAGAUGCUCUUCGCAGGAUGCAACAACCACAGAUGGAGACAUUUUGAAUGUCAAAAGGAUCAAAUAUGUCAAUGUGCGAAUGCCCAACAGUUUGGAGUACCAGCCGGUGGAAUGCGCUGUUGUGGUCAAUGCGGCCGGUGCCGGUUCAGCCAAGAUUGGCGAAAUGGUUGGUAUUGGACAGGGCCCCAAAGAUUCCUUGGAUGGCAUUCCAGUACCUGUGGAACCUAGAAAAAGGUAUGUGUAUGUGGUGCAUUGCCCAGAAGGACCGGGACUGGAGUCUCCAUUACUGAUUGACUACUCUGGAGUUUACUUCAGACGAGAGGGUCUUGGAGGAAAUUACAUCACGGGGAGGUCACCAGAUGAGACAGAGGAACCGGAUGUAAGUAACCUGGAUGUGGAUCAUGAGUUUUUUCAAGAAAAAGUCUGGCCACAUUUGGCCCAUCGGGUUCCUGCAUUUGAGAGUCUGAAGGUGUCAGGAGCAUGGGCGGGAUUUUAUGACUACAACACGUUUGACCAGAACGGCAUCGUGGGUCUGCACCCGCUGGUCAGCAACAUGUUCUUUGCGACGGGUUUCAGUGGGCACGGACUGCAGCAAUCACCCGCUGUGGGUCGCGCCGUAGCUGAGCUUAUUCUGGACGGAGGGUUUAAAACUCUCGACCUGAGUGCCUUUGACUUUAGACGCAUUCUCAAUCAGGAACCCAUGCUGGAAAGGAACAUCGUCUGAGGAGCAUGGAUAUCGAGUAAGAUAUGAAUCAGGAAGGGUUUAAUAGCCAUUUAAGCUUUUACUCAUAUGAGAAUGAAAGAAAAAAUGAAUUUUAAAUGAAAUCAAAAGUGGAGGGGAGAUUUUAGACACUGCAGUGAUGAAAGAUAUCUCAGUUGCAAGGUACAGUAGGAUUGCACGAUUGGAUGAUAAUUUGUCAAAUAACGUCAGUGAAUAAAACCAGUAAAGUGAUUAUCAUUAAUACAGUAAACAAGAAGAAUUAAAAUCAGUCAAUUUCAACAUGCUUUUUACAUCAUAAAUGGUUAAUUUUUGUAAUAAUUUCUUACUUUUAUUACUGCUUCAUGUCUACUGUUUGUUAUUCCACAAUUUUGGGAACUGAUGUUACAGUAAUGUCGCACCUGUACACAAAUUUCAGACUGGAAAACUUUCACAGAUGUGUUUUAGCAUCAUAAUUAAAGCUGCUGUGAGAUCAAAUAAAUACUGGUAUGACUGUG